AUGCUUGACAACGGCGGUGAUGUGUCGAUCAAGGAGACCAUGACUCGUGUGCUCGGCGAAGAACUCGCUGUUGACGUGUGGGACGCCGUCGCCGCAGAGCUCCAGCAGGCGGAGCUGCACAUGAUCGUCAACUCGGCCGCCAACGAUACCUACGGCUGGUCGCGCUGCUACGACGAGAUGACCGACGACGACGAGAUGACCGACGCCGCCGCCAUUGUCAACGCCGCCGAUCCCGAUGCUCUUACGGACCCGCGCUUCUUCGACCUGGCCGAUUUUGACUACGCCGACAAGAUUGUAUUUGAGCUGCACACCUACGAUAACUGGAUGACCAACUGCACCUUCUUCCAGAGCAAGCUGUGUAGCCGUGGCUUCCAUGCGCUGGACAUGUCUGCCGAGAACUACCUUGGUGUGUAUGCCCAGUGCCUGAAAGACUUCAUCACCGGCGACAAGCGCAUCGGUGCUGCUAGUCGUAUCGAGGGACCUAUCGGAUGGCUGCAGUGA